AUGGAUGUAGCAGCUGGUGGCAGUUUCAAAAACGUUACCUCACCUACUCCUUACCUCUUUGGUGGUCUAGCUUUCAUGCUUGCAAUUAUAACAUUUGCAUUAAUUAUCAUAGGUUGCUCUUGUCAUGAAAAUUUUUCAUCUACAACUUUAGCAAAUGAAGAUAAAUCUUUCAAGAAUGUGGAAAUGGUGGUGGAUUUAGAACCUAAGAUUGUUGUAAUAAUGGCUGGAGAUACUAAUCCUACAUACUUGGCUAAACCUAUGUCAUCAACAUGCCAUUGUGAUGAAGAAAUAGUUUAG